AGAUUUUCCGGCAGCCCAUCGCCGGCGAAAUGCUAUCUCGCGCUUUGUAUGUUUCGAAUCUGGAAACCAAUUUCUUACGCCAAUGCUUACCUCAAUCUUCUAAAGGCUAUUCUUGCUCGAAGCCUCCGCGUUUCUUCGUUAUGUUUUCUCCAGAAAGCUUCAGGGUUGGCGCUCAUAAAGAUCUGAAGAUUCCCAGAGUCAAUCCACAGUUCCUUGGAUUUCGUUUGCAGCGUGGGCUUGUGCCUGUUCGCAUGAUGGAUGGGGCCACCGAUUUCUCUUCAUUUGAUGAUUGGGGAGAGAGUGAAGGGACUGCCGGAUAUGCAAUGCCAUCAAGUGAUGGUGAAGAAAGCGAUGAAGAAAUUAUGUUAGAACCGAUAACGGAUCUUGACUUGCCUACUACAAGGGAGAGAUUUUCUUGUGAUGACUCCAUAACAUUAGCUGCUCACAGAUUGGCAAUGCUAGGCAGCGCACGCCGAAGAAAGAAGAUUUUUCAUGGAGUCCUAAACAAUAUUGGUCUAGUGACAUUCUCAACAUUCCUGCUCUUCCUAGCAGAUUUGUGUGCUUGGAGAAUAGUCAGAUUACCAUUAGCGCCUUUUUAUAUGAUGCGCCCUUUUCUCACAUCUGCAGUUGCAGUGUCUUGUGUCGGAUAUUUAUGUGUUCCAUUGUUUCGUACUUUAAGACUUCGUUCUCUGAUAAGGAGAGAAGUUCCUGCUCAUGAACAGUCUGCUAAGAGAGGCACCCCUACAAUGGGUGGAUUAUAUUUCAUACCCAUUGGUGUACUUGUUGCAGACAUUAUACUUGGGUUUUCUUCAGUGGAGGUUUUGGGAGCAUCUGCAGCAACUCUUGCAUUUGCCACAAUCGGAUUUCUUGAUGAUUUAGUUAACCUCAAGACUAACAGCCAGGGUUUAUCUGCUUGGAUUAAAAUUCCCUUUGAGGUAGCUAUAGGGAUAUGGUUCUCCUUUUGGUUAAAUGCAACAGAUAUAUCAUCCCCUUACAGCAUGUAUACACUCUUGUAACCAUUUGAUCAACCUUUUUUCUGAUGGUAUUCAUGGAAAUCAGUGGUUCCUCUGCCUGCUCCCAUUGGGCUUGUCUGCAUAGGAAAGUUCUAUCCAAUUUUGACUUCAUUUUGCUUUACUUCCAUGGUAAAUGGAGUUGAUCUUACAGAUGAUCUUGAUGGAUUGGCUGGUGGAACCGCUGCAUUAGCAUUUAUUGGAAUGUCAAUAGUUGUCCUUCCACUAUGCCCUGAUCUUGCUGUAUUUGGAGCAUCAAUCGCUGGCGCUUGUGUUGGUUUUCUUAUGCAUAAUCGAUACAGAGCUUCAAUAAUCAUGGGUGACACGGGAGCACUGGCCUUAGGAGGAGCCCUAGCUUCUAUGGCUGCUGUUACUGGACAGUUCUUCCCAUUGCUCAUUGUUUCUGGGAUCUUUGUUGUGGAAGCACUCUCUCUUGUGCUACAGGUAUCCUUCUCCAGGGCAAGGCAAAAGUUACCCAGAAAAGGAAGGCCCUUGCUUCAGACUGCACCAUUUCAUCGCCACCUCAAAAUGCGUGGCUUGGGAGAACCAGCUAUUGUGGCUGGAGCGUACGCCAUUUCAUGCGUCCUAGUCUUAUGUGCGGGAUAUGUUGGCCUUAUCUCAGUGUAGUACCCCAAGCUGGGGUGGAUGCACUUGGUCACUAUUGGUGGGACGGCCCCUAGUGUUGACUCUUUAAUAUUUGAGGUUGGACGGCCCCUAGUGUUGACUCUUUUAAAUAUUUGAGGUUGGACUUGGCAGUUGUACUAAAACAUAGUGACUUUUCUAAUAUAGUAUCACUGUCAUU